CGAAUGUCAUCUUCAUUCGUGUUUAUCGUGGCGCUAGUGUUGAUUCAUUUUAAGAGGUUAAUAAAGACUUCUUAUUUCACGAAUCUUAUUUUUAUAAUAUUCUAAUAUAGAUUUGAAGAUGUCAUUUGAAUUAUAUAAAAUAAAAUUUUAUAUAUUAAUACUGUGCAUAUAAAGCGUACAAAAUGCAAUCGAUUUUUACAUUUGUAAUAAUAAUCUUUUCCAUCUCAACAAUUUCAUGUUACCAGAGAUCAUAUCCAAAGAACUUAAGUAAUUCUAAAGAAACGGGACAUUCAAAUAAUUGGGCAGUCCUAGUUGAUACAUCCCGAUUUUGGUUCAACUAUAGACAUGUUGCAAAUGUUUUAUCUAUAUAUAGAAGUGUUAAACGUUUAGGAAUACCUGACUCCCAAAUUAUUCUUAUGAUUGCCGAUGAUAUGGCAUGUAACCCUAGAAAUCCUAGACCUGCCACUGUCUUUAAUAAUGUCAAACAACACAUUAAUGUUUAUGGAGAUGAUGUGGAAGUUGAUUAUAGAGGUUAUGAGGUUACUGUAGAAAAUUUUGUAAGAUUAUUAACUGGUCGAUUGGCACCAGAAACUCCAAGAUCGAAAAAGUUACUUACCGAUGAAAGAUCUAAUAUAUUAAUUUAUUUGACUGGCCAUGGGGGUAAUGGAUUUUUAAAGUUUCAAGAUUCCGAAGAAAUAACUAGUCGAGAGCUUGGAGAUGCUUUAGAACAAAUGUGGCAAAAGAGAAGAUAUCAUGAAAUAUUAUUUAUUGUAGAUACAUGCCAAGCAAGCUCUAUGUAUGAAAAAUUUUAUUCUCCAAAUAUAUUAGCAAUAACUUCCAGUUUGGUAGGAGAAGAUUCUUUGUCUCAUCAUGUGGAUCCUGCUAUAGGUGUAUAUGUUAUAGACAGAUUUACAUAUUAUGCUCUGGACUUUUUAGAGAAAGUAGAGCCUACCAGUAGUAGAACAUUAGGAGAAUUUCUUAAAAUAUGUCCAAAACAUUAUUGUCUAUCUACAGUUGGUGUAAGAAAAGAUUUAUUUAAACGAGAUCCCGAUAAAGUUCCUAUCACAGACUUCUUUGGUUCAGUAAGACCAAUAGAGAUCACAACAAACGUAAUAAAUAUCCUCCCUAUAAAAUCAAAUAAAACAAGUUUGAUAGAAUCAGAAGAGAGAUAUAAUUAUGUUUCUCAGUUUCCAGAUAUAACGCAAUAUACGUAAGCUGUUUAAGUAUUUGUAUUUGUAUCAUCAUUACUUUUAUUAAACAUAGACUUUAUAAA